GUUUUUUGACCGCCAAGAAAAAUCUACCGAAGCAGAGCAACAUGGUUGGUGCUAAUGCUCAAAAAAAGAAAGAAAAAAAGACAUGGUUGGUGAUGGUUAUCAAGCUUAUGAAAACGAUGUCAUGGAAAGACUGACAAAGAAACGAUAAUGGAAUAAGCCACAUGAUCAAGAGUUGAGCUUCUUUUAGGCCAAUGGUCCUCCCUCAUAGCCUCGUUAAACAAGACUCUGAAAACUAUGGCCAGCGAAUCAAGAACCAGAUGGGUUCUCCCUUACAAGACCAAGAACCUGAGAGACGACUACGUUCUUGGUCGUUUCCUCGGACAAGGACAGUAUGGAACCACUUCCCUCUGCACCCACAAGGAAACUGGUCAAAAGCUUGCCUGCAAAACCAUCCCCAAGAGGAAGCUCCUUUGCCAAGAAGACUACGACGACGUUUUGAGGGAGAUCCAGAUAAUGCAUCACUUGUCUGAAUACCCCAACGUUGUCAGGAUACAAGAAACGUACGAGGAUGAUACCAGCGUCCACCUUGUGAUGGAGCUUUGUGAAGGUGGUGAGUUGUUUGAUAGAAUCGCGAUGAAAGGUCAUUACAGUGAGAGAGAUGCAGCUAAGGUUAUCAAGACCAUUGUUAGCGUCGUUGAGGCUUGUCACUCUCUUGGUGUUGUGCAUAGAGAUCUUAAGCCUGAGAACUUCUUGUUCUCUUCAACUGAUGAAGACUCUUCUCUUAAAUCUACUGACUUUGGCCUCUCUGUUUUCUUCAAACCAGGUGCAACGUUUACAGACCUUGUUGGAAGUGCAUACUAUGUGGCACCUGAGGUUUUAAAUAGGCAUUACGGUCGUGAAUGUGACGUGUGGAGUGCUGGAGUUAUCCUCUACAUUCUAUUAUGUGGUUUCCCUCCUUUCAAUGCUGGAACUAAAUAUGGGAUCUUCAGAAAGAUUAGACAGGGUAAGGUGGAGUUUGAGACCAGUCCUUGGCCUAGCAUUUCAGAGAGUGCCAAGGAUCUUAUAGGGAAGAUGCUUGAGAGCAAUCCACAGAAAAGGCUAACUGCUCAUCAAGUCUUGUGUCACCCUUGGAUUGUGGAUGAUACUGUUGCUCCAGAUAAACCACUGGACUUUGCAGUUGUGUCUCGCCUGAAAAGGUUCUCUGCAAUGAACAAACUCAAGAAGACGGCUUUACGCGUAGUUGCAGAAAGACUAUCUGAGGAAGAGAUCGGUGGGCUCAAAGAAUUGUUCAAGAUGAUAGACACAGACAACAGUGGGACCAUCACGUUUGAAGAGUUGAAAGACAGUGUCAGACGUGUUGGAUCAGAGCUUGUGGAGUCAGAGAUCAAAGAACUCUUGGAAGCAGCUGAUGUUGAUGAGAGUGGAACAAUAGACUAUGGAGAGUUCUUGGCUGCAACAAUCCACUUGAACAAGCUGGAGAGAGAGGAGAAUCUAGUGGCUGCAUUCUCUUUCUUUGACAAAGAUUCAAGUGGUUGCAUCACUAUGGAUGAACUCCAACAGGCUUGGAACCAGUUUGGUAUAAAAGAUUCACAUCUUGAUGAAAUGAUCAAAGACAUUGAUCAAGACAAUGAUGGACAAAUAAACUAUGGAGAGUUUGUGGAAAUGAUGAGGAAAGGCAAUGACAAUUUUGGAAUCAGCAGAAGAACAAUGAGGAGCACUCUCAACUUUGAGAAUCCUCUUCCUCAUGAGCCUAAGGAAUGAUUAAACUUCUCAUUUUACUGAAUUUUUCUUGAUAUAACUUCCUGUUUAUGUUUUAACACCAGUUAUGUUUUCAAUUAAAAAACAAUUAUGACUAGUGUAGUUGGAUUUAAA